ACCAACAAGCCACUUUACGACUGUAUUGGAGGCGGAUUCAAAAUGGAGUAAGGUCGGGAGAGAGUUGUAAUCCACCGAAUGAGGUUUUGCGUUGCAGUAAUCAACACUGUGUGCAAUUUAGCUAAAACGAUCCAUGUGCACGAGAAAAUACAUAGCCCUGUACAAUGACUGACGGCAAGAAAACUGGCUCUUUAGGUUUCUUUUCGAGCUACGACGAUUUGAGCGACAGCAGCGACUCGGACGGGGAGGCUGGGCACAGCCGGAGGGAUCCGAGCCAGAAACCAGAGAGAGACGCAACGGGAAGUGAACCGAACUCUUCCCAGCAAGGGAGCCACCGACAAGCCGGCGAAAAUCGUUUACCUAAACCUGACGACCUCUUUAACUCGGUGUCCAAACCAGCGUUUCUCUACAAUCCUCUGAAUAAGGAGAUUGACUGGGAUAACCUGACGGUUAAAGCUCCCGAAGAGGCACCCAGGGAGUUUAAGCCAUGGCUGACAAAUGCUGUGCCCCCUCCCCAAAGUUAUGCAGCAGAGCCUGAGAAGAAGAAGGGACCGCCUCCAGGCAUGGACAUGGCUAUAAAGUGGUCCAAUGUGUAUGAGGACAAUGGCGAAGAUGCGCCAAACGCUCACACUGGAAAAGCCCAGUUCCUUCCUCCAGAGGAGCAACAUGUUGACUCAGAUGAGGACUCCAAGACAUCGUCGUCAGCCAAGAAACGUCGGGUGGAGAGCUUCCAGCAAAAGGAGAAGAGGAAGAGGGACAUGGGACAAGCCACUUCUGACAAAAGUUUUGUUGAAGAGGAGAAAAGAAUCCUGAGACAGAAGACUGAGUGAAAUCAGUAAAGAACAUUAGCACAAGGGGCAUUUAGAUGUCCUUUUAUAACAAUUGGACUGGACAGUGCAACUGGACAAAAGUGUUUGAUUAGUGAUGUAAUUGAUCAUGGUGUGUGUCUUUAUAUUAGUUUUAUUGUUUUCAUGCACAACUGCAUCAUUUUGGUGCACACCACUGUAAUACAUCUCACCUGUUUAUAUUCACAAUGACAAGCUGUCCUGACACAAUUCAUAUCACUCUAAAUAGCUGGGUUUUUUCAUCACCUUUCCUUGAUCAACCAAACAUGCAGUUAAGAUAAAAUUGUUACCAGACAAGGUGGGGUUUGCUGUGGUUGUGGAAUAAAUUAGCAUGAUGUGUAGUAACAGUGGCUGGCUAGACAGUAUGAUCGUGCAAUUUUAACUUCGUUUAUUUACAUGUCAUCAGCUAAGAAGUGUUUGUGUGGGGCUCGGCAUCUUUAUUUUGUGUUCAAUUCUCACUCGUUAUCCAGAAAGUUUUUACUUCCACCAUACGACUGCCAAAAAGAGCUGUGUGUUUAGCUGUUUUUUUUUUGCACCAGAUGGCACCAUUACACUGCCCAAAAAUCCACUGCCUUCGUUUUAGGAAGCCUAUGUUGUCAUGACACUGUUUUCUCUGGAAGAUCAUGAUCUUCAUACUUUCUCAUCGCUGAUCUUUCUGGAUUCUGUAAUGCGGUAAUUACUUUCUUUUCAAAAUUCAAGAACAUGUGCUUAAGUAAGGUAAUGUAUAAACACAUUACAGUGGAAUGUGA